UGGACGGAUGUGUGUCUUAUGGCACUGCUUUCUUCACGCCACAGCCAAUGUUGUUCUCCCGGAAUGAGACACUGAACGCCAUUGACGGUAAAUCAAAGAUAAUGGCACGAGACCGUUCCGCAGCUCGCGGUCAUGAGAAGAGCAUCCGAGGACUGAAGCGUCACAUCCUCUGUGUGCCAAGCAUCAUCUGCGAGGCGGUGUGUCUGUGAAUGUGUGCGGCAGAUCAUCAAUCAUGGUGCUCUUCGUGUAAAUACUGACGCUCAUUCGGGCGUCCAUCAUUCAGCAGCGAGUGAAAGCGGAACGGGAGAAGCGCGCGUUUGUGUAACUACACCCGACGAUCAAAGCCAAGCAUAGGCUUUAUUAUUAAAACAUGUAGCGAACACGCAUUAGUGACGUCGCCGCAGCAUAUCGCCUUACGUCACAUGCUGGUAAAUCCGCCGCGUUUUGUCGUGCGCCGAUUGGAUUGCAGGUUUGCUAAUAAAGCAGGACGUGUUUGGCGCGCGCUUGUGGAAUGACACCGUCGCGCGACAUCCAUCCGCCCAGCAGCUGACGUUUGACGAACACCGAGCGGCUUGAUUUCACCGCUGUGAAGGAUGAAAACCCGCGAAUAUCAGCAAAUAGACCCUCAGGCACUCGCGACUCCCACCCCGACACCUCCACCGCGACCUCUGCCCGAGCACAAGCCCCGACGAGCCCGGAGGAACUGGGAGGUGUUUCCCGGGAAGAACCGCUUCUUCUGUGACGGGCGCAUCGUCGUGGCGCGUCAGAGCGGCGUGCUGCCGCUCACACUGGGACUCAUCCUGAUCACCAGCGGACUCUUCUUCAUAUUCGACUGUCCGUUCCUGGUGAAGCACCUCACCAGCUGCAUCCCGGCCAUCGGAGGGGUCCUGUUUGUGUUUGUGAUCAUCUCUCUCCUCCAGACCAGCUUCACGGAUCCAGGGAUUCUGCCUCGGGCCACACCAGAGGAGGCCGCAGACAUCGAGAAACAGAUCGACAACCCGACGGGCUCGUCCUCGUCCUACCGCCCCCCGCCGCGCACGAAGGAGGUGGUCAUCAAUCAGCAGGUGGUUAAACUCAAGUACUGCUUCACCUGCAAGAUCUUCCGUCCGCCGCGCACCUCCCACUGCAGCCUGUGUGACAACUGUGUGGAGCGCUUCGAUCAUCACUGCCCCUGGGUCGGCAACUGUGUUGGCAAACGAAACUACCGCUUCUUCUACACCUUCAUCGUCUCGCUGUCUUUCCUCACGGCCUUCAUCUUCGGCUGUGUAACCACACACCUGGCUCUAAGGUCGCAAGGAGGAAAGGGGAUUGUUUUCGCUCUCCAAGCGAGUCCUGCCAGUGCUCUUGAGUUAGUGGUCUGCUUCUUUUCAGUUUGGUCCAUUUUGGGCCUCUCAGGCUUCCAUACUUACCUGGUGGCUUCAAAUCUUACUACCAAUGAGGAUAUUAAAGGCUCCUGGUCAGGGAAAAGUGGAAAUGAGGUCGUUGGAAAUCCUUACAGUUACAACAGCAUUAUCAAAAACUGCUGUUCUGUGCUCUGUGGCCCCAUGCCGCCCAGUUUGAUUGACAGGCGAGGCUUUGUGCCCUCCGAUGACUCGGUCCAGACCAGUCCUGUGGAAAUCGAGCUCCCUGCUGCUAAAAACGACAUAAACAUGUGCACACAGGGACCCAAAGGUCUGCUGGAAACGGCCUCUCGAUCUCCUCUCCUCACAAGCUCCUGUCCGCAGGCCAAACCUCCAGCCGUCUUGGAGACUCUUCCAGAGAUCGUCCCGUCUCCUGUCCCAGAGCCGCCCAAGAGCACCCCUCACAAACAUCACUCCCACCACAGAUCCAGGGCAAAGCAAAGCACUCAUCACACCCCCAAGACGUCCAACUCCUCUCCAAGACCCCAUCACAGCCACAGUUCAAGAGCGAGAGACCCCAAAUUCAGCUCUCUGCGCUGAGCAAUCAGACUCGGUCAACCUGCAUAUUAAUGCGUUUCCUGGAUUAUUUCAAUUUGUCCUCAUCAGAUUGAUUGAUUCAAGGGGUUUCAGUUGUGACUUUGAAAACUUUGUAAAGUGUUUCAAUAAAGACGAGCACAAAGGUCUCAAAAGGGAACUGCGGAGCGAUUGCCUUUAAGACAGUUGUCAAUCUUAACAGUGGGAUCCAAAAUGAGCUUCAUCAGAACAGCAAUAAAGGAGCAAGAACACUGUGGUCCUCGGUGUGGACAUGAACUCUGGGAUCCAUCUCUCUGGCCUCUGUUAGGUCUCAUUGGGAAUGCAUUGGUCAAGCUUCAAUAAGCAAACAACCAAUCUUCUUUAUGCAAAAAACAAGAGCAUGCCUGGAGAAAAUAGCUCACAAUCAUUCUUCAUCAUCACAGGGCUGCAUGCUGAAUCCUGUUUUAAUUGUGAUCUGAUUUUUUUUAAAGCAUUUUUUUCAAGUCUGUGAUAUUUGCCCACUGGUAAUUUGUCAUUAUUUUGUCAUUUGCGUAACCUUGCAUUGUUAUCAAGCCUCCAAAGGUAUUCGUGGUUGCCAGAUAUCAGGAGUUUAAAUCCCCAUUCCAGGCUAUUUUGUUCAUGAAUUGAUCAAUUUUCUUCUCAGCCGGUUUACUUCGUGUUGCCAGCUUAGUGACUUUAUUGCUAUAUUUAGCAACUUUUAUGACUUUGGUCACUUAAAAAAAAAAAAAAAGGCUAACAAUGAUGAAUCUAAAGAAACACUUAUUUUCCCAACCUGGCAUCCAUUUGCACACACACUUUCUCUGCUUUACAGAAAAAGCGCACAUGUGUAAAUAGGAGUUUAGAGAUCUCUUUUGAGAGAUUUUGCUCAAAUUGAAGUGUAAUACAGCCGGUCUGUUUUCUUUCACCCAAUCAUUUGUGCUGUUUACAUUCUCUUGAUUUGUGCUGAAAUGAAGUCCAAUAAUUCUGAUGAAAUGUAAAGAAGAGAAAAUGACAAUAAUCUUUUUUUUUUGGGUAGUGAUCAACCGUUUAAGCAAUAUCAUGCAGCCCUGAUCCAUCAUGUUGAACGAGAAUCUUCUCACCAGUGAUUCAUUAUUUUCCCACAGGACUUCAGCAUGGUUUUGUAAAAUUGUGUUUGAACAUGGUAUUAAUGUGCACAAGUACUCGCUGAUGUGGAUGAGACGAUGCCUCCCACUCCCAGCGUUGAAGAUCUAGUUGAAAAGUGUUUCUCUCUGUUCUUCACCUUGCAUUCCUGACACACUGCAGUCUAUCAGUAAUUAGUAAUGAAAUGGUUUUAAUGCACUUACUCUCAAUGCAGCAAUACUGUAAUGUUUUAGUUCUUCAUGGUUUGACUCGUGUGCUACUGUAUGCGUGGACACUUUGUGUUCGAAUGGGAAUGUGGGUGUUGUGUUGUUAUCCAGGUUUUUUACUUCAUAUGCAAACUGGUAUUUAUGAAUGCUGAAACUGAUCCUCUGUUUCUCAAGACCUCUGCAACAUUUGCACAAAUAAAUACAAAGAACUAA